AUGGCGCUUUCAGCCUCUUCAGCAGCCCUUCACGAGACAGCAUACCGGCUGAGAUGGUGGAACCCACCCUUCCGUGGAACCGCUUUUGUCACGUCCUUGUUUCCAUGUCCCAGACGCGCUUUCGCCUCUUGCAAAGUCGUUCAGGAUGAACACCAAGAUAACAACGAGCUGUUCGAAUAUACCUCCGGUCGAUGGAUUCCCAACGAGUCUCUCCGCACGGCCGAACGGCGCAUGCCUUUUAACGUGUCUGAACUCAAGAAGGUCGCUGCGAAAGCACUCAACAAACCUGUCGAAGACGUCGAUAUGUUAAGAAAGGUCGCUGAAGGUGGCUUCAAUCGUAUCCUGGAGGUGACAAUGAAUGAUGGCGCAUCGAUACUCGCACGUCUUCCCUACCCGUUAACCGUACCACGACGAUUAGCAGUAGCAAGUGAAGUCGCGACACCAGACUUUCUUCGUGCGAACAGAAUACCUGUACCUCAGGUUUCAGCUUACUCGACUGGUAAGAACGCUGUAUCCGCAGAGUACAUGUUAAUGGAGAAGAUGCCAGGAAAGCCGCUUAGUAGUGUAUGGGUUCACUUGACCGAUGAUGAGAGAUUCAAGAUCUUGCAUCAAAUAGUCACCAUGGAAGCAAAGCUGUUCGCUAUGGAGUUGCCAGCCAGUGGCAGCAUAUACUACUCUUAUGACUUACCUCCGACAAUGCCUCGCAUCGAUAUACCUGGAUUUGACAACGGCUUGUGCAUUGGUCCAUAUGCACACUCAGUGUGGUGGUACGGCGAACGCAUAGAUCUGGACAUCGACCGUGGUCCUCAUACUAAUCCUCGGCUCGUCCUUCGGAGUUUCGCGAACAAGGAGCUAACCUGGAUUCAUGCUCACGGUCGACCGCGCUACCCGUUUGAUCGUGAAUACAUGGACUCGUUCGAUCACAAGAAGCAAGAUCCUCAAGAACAUGCUAGUUCGCUAAGAGACUAUUUGAGUCUUAUACCUUACCUUGUACCCGCAGACUCAACAGCGCACACUCCGACACUUCGACAUCCCGACCUCAGCCCCAACAAUAUCUUGAUAACCGACGAUCUCAUUAUAGCUGGCUUCAUCGACUGGCAACACGCCAUGGUCCUCCCUGCUUGGCUGACCGCCGGCAUACCACCAGCCUUUGAAAACUACGCGGACGAGGGCUCACGUGGUCUUCAAAUCCCCAAACUCCCGGAUGACCUUCGGUCUAUGGACAAAACCUUACGCGCCAAGGCAGAGGAGUAA